AUGGUUGGGGUAGCUCUUGUGACGUUUCCUGGCGGAUUGUAUGUUGGCAUUGAGAUUCUCUUGCUUGGUGCUUAUGACUCGGUUGCUGGGGCGAGUGCAUUGGUAUUCACCCUUAUGGCCAACGAAGCAGUAAAGACGUUUUUGGAGAAGCCGACUUAUAGUAUUGCUGGUUAUGGUAUACCUUCGUGGAUGGCUCCGAUAUUCUGGUUGGUGGUUGUUUCGAUUUUGGUUCCUGGGGCUAGUAUUCUUGGGCACUUCUGCGGUUUGAUAAUCGGCUAUCUAUAUGCCUGUCAUUACCUACGUCUCCUCGAGCCUUCUGAGAAUAUACUGGGCAAGGUCGAAUCUAAGCUAAACUUUAUUACCCGGCGUGUACCAUUCUAUAUUUCCCUCGAGAACAGGACCGAGAUGAACCACAUGGAAUUGCUCCCAACAUCAAUCAGCUCAAGAACCCAGUCAACGUCGCGCGCAACAACUUCUAUUCCGAUGGAAAGUGGUUCCGGUUUUGCUGCUGCUGGUCCUGGUAGAGUCCUUGGUUCGUAA